CUUCUGUCUCUCUCACAAACAAACGAGCUCUGGAUACAAAUCUAGUCGCAACAGACAAUAUUGUCAUUUUAUCAAACGAAUAGCUAACGCUCUGUCCUAUAUCUGUAUCAGGAUUCAAAUAAUAGCACUAAUGUAACCGUUACAUUUAAGAUUUUACGUUUUUUUUUAUCAUUAAUAAUAAUAAUCUUUCUGAAAUGCUGAUGCGAGGAAAAUAAAAAAUUUAAUCUCGUUAAACUUGCUGAAAGGUUUCACAUUAUGAGCCGUUAUACUCAUACUGUGUAUUUUGGUGGUUGAUUUAUUUUUUUUGGAAGUGAAAUCUCAUUUAUAAUGUGGACGCGAUCUACACUCAAGUUUGUCCUCUGUGUUUUAGCUGCGAUUAAAGUUCAGCCUGCCCCAGAAGAGCUGUGUCCUCGACAAGAGCCCCUUCCUGGAGUUUUGGUCUUGAAGUUAGGAAGCAAUGUUGUGUUUGGCUGCAGGGGCAGUAUCACUGUGGACGGUGUGCCAUUGGCUUCGGCCAGUGUCAUGAAUAAAAAAUACAGCAAGCAGAGAGACAUCACAGUCAGCUGGACAUCCCAAAAGCAUUAUACUAGUGCUACACAGCUAACCAGUAUGAGGGGAAAUGCUACAACUGGGACAUACCAAAACACUGAUUCUGCUAUGCACACCAAUGCUGAAGGGGACACAACGGUCACCGUUAAACCACCUGUAACCAUAAGAAAGGAGCAACACACUUCUAGACGUGUUUUGCGUGCUGUCACUCAAACUACUGGACAGGAGGAAGAGGUCUUUGGUAUCACCAUGGGGACAGAUUUUGAGCAAGAUGAUUAUGAGGACUAUGAUUAUGAAGAGGAACGGUCCAGGGUGACAAGAGGCAUCAAAAAGCGAACACGCUGGACUCUCAAUGGACGACAAGUGCAUGCUGGAGUGGAAAGGGGAGGGAUUUUAAGACGGCCUCAUCUCAGCCUGGCAGAUGCUGGGAAUUACAGCUGCUACAGAGGAGAGAGACUCAUUUCCACAGUCAGAAUCAGCGUAGGGGUGCCCCCAGAGAGACCCACUCUCUACUGCUACAGGAAGUUUCACACAAGUAAAGUCCGCUGUGAUUGGACUUCCAAAAAUCCAGUAACCCCACGGCCACUGUGUUACCUUAUUAUAACACGAUUUUUUGGCAAUGCCACUCGUAUACCUUGUUCAUUUUCCCGCUCCCGCUGUUGGUGUGCUUUUCAUGUGGAAGAGGGUGACAGAGAUCUCCAUAAAGCAAAACUGUGCAUUUAUAACACAGCAGGCAGUGCCAUGAGCCCUUACCAUAACUUCAAGCUGCACGACAUCAUUAAGCCAGACCCUCCGACUCAAGUGGUGGUGAAAGCAGUUGAGGGCCAGAAGCAUAGGCUUGAAGUAUCCUGGACUUAUCCCAGUUCCUGGAAGCAUGGCUUCUAUGUCUUGCAUUUCCAGCUGAGAUACAGACCACAAUUCCAUGAGCAGUACCAGAAAGUGCUUAUAGAUGACAGGAUGGACAGACAAUUAUCCUGGACAAUUUAUGAUGCUCUGCCACACAUUCAGUAUGAAGUGCAGCUCCAGGCCAAGGAUGAGUUCGAUGGGCUCUGGAGUGACUGGACUGACACGGUCUAUGCAGUCACUUGGACAGCUCCUGAGACGACUACUACUUCUGAGAGUAUUACUUUGGAGCCCCUUGAGCCGUUUCCUGAAGGUUCAGGAGGAUCUGGAGAAGACCCUGGUGUAGAAUCAGAGGCAAUAGAUGAGGCUGAUUGUACUGCAUAUGCUAGAGUGUGGCUGUAUGUGCCAUGUGUUUUUGGGAUGUGUUUUCUUGUAGUCUUCACCCUGCUUACAGUCCAUUUACUCAGGAAUAGGCUGCAUUUCAUGUCUAAAAUAGGAAAACAGACUUUGCCCUUUGCAUUCUUCCUUCAUUCCCCUCGACCUGUUCCUGCUCCUGUUCUCUCUGAGCAGCUUCCAGAGGAGGGAAAGUCACUGAUGUCUCCUCCCAAACACAGCCAGCAAGACUUCCUUCCUGUUCAGCAAGAGCUGCAGGAGUGUAUUCAUCUGCAUAACAUGGAUUACUUCCUGUCUCCAGGCAAAGACAGACAAUGAGUAAACAGAAAAAAUAUACUGUGAUAGACUAAGGAUAGACUAAGAAUCACAGAAUGGGAUUUGUGUUCAAUAACAGUAUUGUGAGUCCAAACUCAAUUAUGAGUGUUACUGUAUAGACAAAGUAAUUCAUCUUGUCCUGCAUUAUUUUUGACUACUAUCAGAACCAUUUGUAAAUAAGAUUUUUUAAAGCAAUUUCUACAAAAUGCCUGCCAUCUGUAGACAACGGCAGUCUUAUAUGAAGCUAAAGCACUUUUAUAAAUAGCUCUGGAUGUGAGUGUCUGCUAAAAGCCUUACAUGAAUAUUGAGAUAAUCUAAUUCAACA